AUGCCGGAAGAAGAAGAUUUGGUGGAACUUAAAUUCCGGUUAUAUGACGGUUCAGAUGUUGGUCCGUUUCAGUACUCUCCAACCGCCACAGUCGCAAUGCUCAAGGAGCGAAUCGUUUCCGAAUGGCCUAAAGAUAAGAAGAUUGUUCCAAAGUCUGCGAGUGACAUUAAGUUGAUAAAUGCUGGUAAGAUUUUGGAGAAUGGUAAAACUGUUGCACAAUGUAAAGCUCCAUUUGACGAUCUCCCUAGAUCCGUCAUUACAAUGCAUGUUGUCGUGCAACCGUCUCCAACAAAAGCGAGACCAGAGAAGAAAAUCAAAGAGGAAGAAGCUCCACAGAGAAGCUUCUGCUCAUGUACCAUAAUGUAUCUCUUACAUAAACAAGAAGCAGACCUGAAACUUGUUGUGGAGAAGAUGAAGAAGACACUGAUAACAAUGUUCUUGUUUAUGCUUCUGCAACUUCUGUUAGUAAACUCUUUUUCUCCAAAACAAUCAUCACCAAAACCAGAUGCUGAAAUCACUGUAAUGGGUUUUGUUUACUGUGAUGUCUGUUCCAACAACACUUUCUCCAAACACAGUUACUUCAUGUCUGGCGUGGAAGUGAGAAUAAUCUGCAGAUUCAAAUCAGCUUCGUCAAGAACAAGAGAGAUGGUCACAUUCUCUGCAAACAGAACCACUAACGAGUUCGGAAUCUACAAGGUAACCAUAACUUCUUUAGAUUGUGCCGAAGUGGACAAUCUUGCGACUUCUUGUCAAGCGAGUUUGGUCGGAAAAAGAAGAAGCUCCUCCUUGGAUUCUUCUUGCAACGUUCCUGGUUAUCGAACCACGACUGAUCAAGUCGUGUUUAAGUCUAAACGGUCUAAUCUCUGUGUGUAUGGAUUCAAUGCUUUAAAUUUCAGACCGUUCACGAAGGAUCUUGCCUUGUGUGGCAAGAAAUAA